AUGGCUCACCCACUACGGGGGUCUUGCCAACACACGGCUCACCCAUUACGGGUUCUUGCCAACACACGGCUCACCCAUUACGGGUUCUUGCCAACACACGGCUCACCCAUUACGGGUUCUUGCCAACACACGGCUCACCCAUUACGGGUUCUUGCCAACACACGGCUCACCCAUUACGGGUUCUUGCCCAGUCACGGCUCACCCAUUACGGGUUCUUGCCCAGUCCUGGCUCAUCCACUACGGGGGUCUUGCCAAUUCACGGCUCACCCAUUACGGGUUCUUGCCCAGUCACGGCUCACCCAUUACGGGUUCUUGCCCAGUCACGGCUCACCCAUUACGGGUUCUUGCCCAGUCCUGGCUCAUCCACUACGGGGGUCUUGCCAACUCACGGCUCACCCAUUACGGGUUCUUGCCCAGUCACGGCUCACCCAUUACGGGUUCUUGCCCAGUCACGGCUCACCCAUUACGGGUUCUUGCCCAGUCACGGCUCACCCAUUACGGGUUCUUGCCCAGUCACGGCUCACCCAUUACGGGUUCUUGCCCAGUCACGGCUCACCCAUUACGGGUUCUUGCCCAGUCACGGCUCACCCAUUACGGGGUCUUGCCAACACACAACUCACGGCUCACCCAUUACGGGGUCUUGCCAACACACAACUCACGGCUCACCCAUUACGGGGUCUUGCCAAUACAUAA